UCCACCGCUUCCGCCGCAUCCCAAGUCGCCGUCCUCCCGAUCCCCCCUCCCCUCCUCUUCCUCUGCUCCGGACACCCCAUCUCCGUCGAACCGGACGCCCCAUCCACCUCUGGACGGCCCUCCACCUCUACGGGUGGCGGCGGCGUCGGCGUCGGCGUCGGCGUAGCAAGGUCAGUGAGAAAUGGCGCCGCCCGGGUCGCGCCGGUGGGCGUACGUGCGGAUCAUGGCCGGCACCAUCCUCGGCGGCGGCCUCGGCUUCUACGUCAUGCACCGCAUCGAGACCUCCUACAAGGUGAGGAUGGAGGAGAGGCUGCGGAGGUACGAGGCGCACACGCUCGCCAAGGAGAAGGAGGCGCAGCAGCUCCAGGACGAGGGGCGCCGCGAGGACCAGGCGCAGGUCUUGCCGGACUCGUGAUUUCCUCUCAACUCUCAUCCUCAUGCUCAGGCUCGCCUUCCCGAGCUGUUUGAACAUAAUCUAGCGGCACAAAGCUCCCGAGAAGUAUCUGCCAUGUACUUCUGGCGCCUACUUUGUGAACAUGAAGAGUUCUUUUUCUUCUUGCCCUUUUUUUGUGGAGAUGAGUGUGCAUCAGUUGAGAGUUGAGCCUAACUGCAAGUACUGUAACAUUCGGACCUGCUGUGAAAAUUGAUGGUAGCUGUAUGAGUAUGCUUCGAUCGCAACUUUCAACAUGCCACCUGCAGGGUUAGGGUGUGGGUAAUGCUCGCCCAAACCCGUACCUGUACCUCGGGUUCCAUAUUGUUUCCAUACCCGUACCUGGCCGGGUGUGGAUAAUACCUAUGGAUAAAAAUAUCCAUUUCGGGCACCUUUCGGUUCACAUUUUAUCAUGUAUAAUUUUAGCAUUUCCGUAUGUAAACACGACAUUUAAGCAUGUAUAUUAGCAUUUCAGCCGAGGUGAGAUGA